UGAGUUGCUGUCAGACGCCCAGCAAGCCAGGAGCGUUUCCAAGUGAAGGAGAAGAUAGUGAUGUCUUAGGCCCCCGCUGAGGAGAAUAUAAAACAUAAAUAAACAUUGAAUUGCUAAUGUUAACUGAUCUCAAGUGCAUUUUUCUAUAAAUUUUUAAUCUAAAAAUACAUUUUUUAAAAUGUAGGAAAGGGGAUUAUAGAAUAAAGGCACAUACCCGGUGUGUGGGGGGAGGGAACUUUACCAAAAAGUAAGGAAUACCCCUAUUUUCAUCAUGAAAUGUUAGAGAGUGGGGCUAAGUGAUCAUAGCUUUCUUACACUAGAGUGAGUUCUAUUGAACUUAGGGAUCAAUGUAUUAACACAAACAGGUUCCAGAAAGUAGAGACCACCCAUGUGAAAUAAGGGCUUUGAAACAUAUAGAAUUCAUCAGGUGUAGCUCCCUCUUACUGCAUCUCCAUGAUGGAGAAAUACUGCUGAAUUUCUGCCAGUCAUUCUGCAGCUACAGACGUAGGAAUUUAGCCAGGGGGAGGGGGAAAGAGCAUUGCAACCAGUGGCCCCUACGCUCAACCUUUUCUCUGCAGAUCAAACCUGCCAGACAUAACGUCUUGGCUGGAACUUGUAAUCAGAGCAAGUAACAUACCACCCUCCUUUGGAGACUGGCAGGUGUGUGUGGGGGUGGGGGGAAGGCAUCACAGGUACACAGGUAAAACUGUUCCCCCUCCCUCUUUACACACUUCAUUUGUGGUGGCGCCUCUGAAAUCUGACCAGUCAGCAAAGGAAAAUGAGAGAUGAUGAUAGGGUCUGAGAAUGGGCCUAUAUAACAGAAGAGUCUGCCAGCCCUCCCUCAAACAACCUGCGUCCAGAUGGUGCAGCUUUUUCAUCGCUAUGAGGCCGUCUGUAACUUUGGCCCCCCUGAUUAUCCUUAUCCUGACUGAUCUGCCGCCUUCAGUUGGCCAGGAAAGGACUCUACGCUUCGUUACAUUGGUGUAUCGCCAUGGUGACCGAUCCCCUUUGGGCACCUACCCCACAGAUCCCCACAAAGCUGCAGCCUGGCCCAAAGGCUUCCAGCAGCUCACUGAGGUAGGUAUCUUACAACAGAAGAUACUGGGACGUUUCCUCAGGGAAAAAUACACUGGAUUUUUGAGUGCUUCCUACAAACCACAGGAGAUAUACAUCCGCAGCACUGAUUAUGACCGUACCAUAAUGAGUGCUCAAGCUAACCUGAUGGGACUCUAUCCAAGCUCAGAUCCUGAGACUGGCUGGACCCCAGUUCCCAUCCACACAGUGCCUGUUAAGUAUGACAAGCUGCUGAAACCACCAACCCGGACCUGCCUACGAUACCAACAGCUAAUGGAGGAGACAAUUAAUUUGCCCAGCUAUCAGGCAAAAAUGAAGGCCUGGAAGGGGUUCAUGACCAAGAUGGCCAACUAUACAGGCCUAAAACCUGAGCAACUGACCCUGAGCAACACCCUCUGGAGGGUGCAUGAUGCUCUCUUUUGCCAGAAAACCCAUAAUCUGAGCUUGCCUAGCUGGGCCACACCACGGGUACUGACUAUGCUUCAGGAGAUGGAAGUGUUUAAUGUGGAAGCCCAUGUAGGACUGCAUGCCAGCCAAGAGAAGGCCCGAUUUACUGGAGGGCUACUCCUGAGUGCCAUUCUGAGCAACUUCUCCAAAGUUGUGUGCAGAGACCUACCCCUGAAGAUGAUUAUGUAUUCUGCACAUGACAGCACCUUAAUUGCUUUGCAAGGCGCACUAGGCAUUUACAAUGGUCACCCACCACCAUAUGCUGCCUGCCAUGGAUUCGAGUUCUACCAAGAAGGCAAUGAUUCAUUCAGCGUCUCCAUGUUCUACCGUAAUGAAAGCGGACAGCAGCCCCAAACGUUAGCCUUGCCCGGCUGCCCCACACCUUGUCCUCUGCCACUCUUCAUUCACCUUACACGUGCAGUUGUACCCCAGGACUGGGAUGCUGAAUGUCAAAACCCUCAAGGAGGGGGGCCAGGACGCACCGUAACUGCUUUGGCUGUGAUAGUAGGUCUGCUGAGCAUGGCAUUAGUUUGCAUGUGUGUCUUGUACUGGAGAAGGUGAGAAGAUGGGCCAA